GCCUGCUGGUUCCUGAUGCCUGGUCUAGUCUGCAGAGGCAGGACUGCCCGGUAGAGUUCGCUUCUGCCGUGCCGUUUACAAGCAGCUGCCACCCGGGGUUCCUCUCCUCAAGCUCCUUCCUUCUCUUCACGGAUGGAUCCCAAGGGGCUUCUCCCCUUGAACGUCCUGCUGUUUCUCUCCCUGGCUUGUGACCGGAGCUGUGGAUCAGGUUGCCCAACCACCUUUGGGCAGUUGGGAAGCCGUGUGCUGCUGCCCCUGAUACCUGAAGGGAUAAGUAAGAGUAUGAACAAGAGUAUCCACAUGUUCAUCACGUGGGCAAAAGCACCGGGAAACAGGUCCAGUAAGAAAAUCGUGUCUCUUGAUCUGCCAGAAGAAGGCUCUUCACGCUACCUGGAAGAUGGCUAUGAGUUUUACCAGGAAAACUUGAACCUGGAGAUCCUGGAAAGCAAAAAGGAGCAUGAGGGCUGGUACACUAUGACCCUGGAGGAAACAAAUUCAGUCCAGCACUUUUGCCUGCAGCUGGAGCUCUAUGAACAGGUCUCCACCCCAGAAAUUAAAGUGCUGAACUGGACCCUGGAGAACGGGAACUGCAGCUUGAUGCUGGCCUGCAUGGCGGAGAAGGGGGACCAUGUGGUUUACGGCUGGAGCACGGAGGCAGGCACCCACCUGCCGAGUGCAGCAAAUGGCUCCCACCCUCUGUACCUCACCCUCGGCCCCCAGCAUGCUGACGAAAACUACACCUGCACCGCCAGCAACCCCAUCAGCAACCGUUCCCAGACCUUCACCCCGUGGUCCAGCUGCAGCUCCUAUUCCUAUUCAGUUCCAGGACAAUGGGGACUGUAUGCUGGGCUGGCUUUAGGGGGCGUCAUUGGUGUCAUCAUGAUUCUCCAAGUGGCAAUACUUCUAUUCAGAAGAAGAGGUAAGACAGACCAUUACGAGCCAACAGUGGAAGAAAAAAGCCUUACUAUCUAUGCCCAAGUCCAGAAAUCAGGUUCUGUUCAGAAGAAACCUAAUCCCCUGCCAGCUCAGGACCCCUGCACCACCAUUUACGUGGCUGCCACAGAGCCUGUCCCAGAGCCUGUUCAGGAGCCGAGCUCCAUCACCGUCUACGCCAGUGUGACACUGCCAGAGAGCUGACACCACACACCCAGCGAAGGGACUGGCGGAAGGAGGAGCCAAAAGAAACACUGAACUUGACCCCAGGCCUCAAGUUCUUACGAUACUCUACACACCUGCACUCCUCGGAUCAGCUCCCUGGGGAUGUCGCUUCCACACCCACCCGUGACAGGGACACGCAAGGGAAGUUUCCCGGGCACUUAGCCUGCUCUGCAGGGCACAGGCGCAGGACAGGUUUCCGUGUCUGUGGUGCAGCAGACAGACUGAUAAUGCAAAUCCUCGAGUUUAGACCUUCGGGUGUCUUGCUCUUCGCUGGGAGUGGAUAAGGAAAGCCAAGGGCAGAGAGCCCGCAGAUAGAGCUCGUAGCUCAGGCGCUGGCCAGCAGCAGAGCCCGGAACCGGUUCCACUCUGGCUGCCUGUUCUUGGUUCUGGGAGCUGCUCCGGGUCACCAGGCAGGCCUGCUCCAGGCUCUGUGCCUCAGGCCCUCUCUCUGGAUGGGCAACGAAGGAUGAGUUCCUUAUUCUAUGUAAAACACUGUGACAAAAGAAGCUAAAGAGUCAAUAAACUGGCAACAUGGCUUUGAGGUCUCCGAGCUUUGAAUAAUGGAAUGAAAAUCAUCUAAGAUUCUUAAAAAGCAUAGUUUUAAGAAUGUGCAAACGGUGGGUGCUCAGAUUUAAAGAAACGUGGCGAGUAUUUGAUGAUGCCGUUACAAAGGAAUUUGCGGUCAUCAGAACUUAUUUUAGGGUGAUUUUUCACUUCCCCAAAUUAUUUUAAAAUUCUAGUUCUCUGUUUGCUCCGUUGAGCAACAAACCUGGAGCUUCAGCUAAGGCUUGUCAACCUUAUUCUGAACUCGUUUUACGUCCGCGGCCUCACAUCACCAGAGCCUCUAGCAGGAACUUCCUAACCCCUUACGCUGAAUCAAUCCUGAAGUAGAAAAUUAACAUAUUUCAGCCCCACAGUUUCAAGGAAUUGAAUGCUUAAUAAAUUGCAGGCUGCAGACAGAGAGCUUCUUUCAUAAAGUCCUAUUUUCUUCCUAUUCUCUUGCUUUCAGACAUUCCUUCCUCAACGGAAGCCCUUCCUCUUUCCGACGGGCACUUGUAUGACACUAAGAAAGCACCGGCUGUCUUCCAGCCAUGUCUCGAGGGUCACCAAGGCCCCGGCUCAGAACGCUGAGGUCCUUGUCACCUUGUACCGCCUCUGUUCAGUCCAUUCGGACUUUAGUUCUGUUGCUCGGUGCAGCUCAUUCCCUGGUAGCGAUUUUGGUAAUAGAGUUCUUAGCUGUGAUCAACAGAAAUGGGUCUGGAUUUUGUUUUAAUAUAUUUUUAUUAAUUUCUGAGAGGAGCGGAGAGGGAGAGAGAGAGAGAGACAUCAAUGAUGGGAGAGAAUCACUGAUUGGCUGCCUCCCGGGCACGUGCCCUUGACCAGAAUCAAACCCGGGACCCUUCAGUCCGCAGGCCGACACUCUACCCACUGAGCAAAACCGGCUAGGGCUGGAUUUUAUUUCAUUUUUUUAAUGUAGGAAAGGAUUCUACUGAAAAGAUAUCGCAGGGACUUCUGUAAAACCAUGCUUUGAAAAGGAGCAGGAAGCAGGAAGACAUCGCCUGUGGCCAGAGCCACAGCCCAAAUCACAAACCCAGCUCAGGGAUGGCAAUGCUGAGCAC